AUGGCUCGCCGUACGAGCGAAAGGCUCUCGGCGGCCUCAAGUUUUACUGCUGGUGGCAGUGUCGAUGAGCGCGAGUCGUGGCUCUGCCGAUCUACUAUAUGCGCUAGUGAGGAGGACGACAGCAAUGAUACAGACGCGUGCAGUUGGGCUCAGAUGCAAACACCAAUUCCAUUCAGCAUGACGCUUGCUGAGAGGAGGGAUAGUGAUGACUCGGACGCAUGGACGGAGUUUAAGGAGACUGUGCCCAAGGAGACUGAAGAACUAUCGAUUCGUAAAGGGAAGCGAAAAUUGCCGCUCCUUUCUGGUUUUUCGAAUGCUGAGGCGCUGCGAACACAACUACCACGAAGCUCAAGUAAACAGUCUCAGAUAACAUGCGGUGGUACUUCGAUGACGGAUACGUACAAGGUCAACGCCGGGUUUGAUGCCACAGGCAACGAGUUCUCGCCUUCGAGGGGCGAAAUUGAGGCCAAUCGAAGGAAAUGGGACUUGGAGAGAAAAUUACAAGACGCUGAUCGAAAGGUUAACUCGGAGGAAGCAGGUGGACUUGAACGGAAGCACGAUCUAAGGCCCGUUGCUCUCACUGUUGCUGAGGCAGAAGCCAACCGACGGAAAUGGGGCCUGGAGAGACGACUACAAGACUCGGCUGGGGCUGGGGCCUCAGUCGAUUCGACCAGUGGAUCAGAUAGAAAACGUGAUUUUAAACAAAAGCUCCAGAGCUUGAAUCCUUUUGCGAUGAAGAUGACUCCCACUUUCACCUAUGCGGCUGAAGUGGAGGCCGAUCAACGAAAAUGGGACCUUGAACGAAGAUUGCAUGACGAGCACCGAAUCGAUGCACUGGUAAAUGUGGCUAAUGGAUCUGAACAAAACUGUGAAUUACAGCCAAAAUUACCGACCUUGAACCCUCGUACAAUGACGGUCAAGCCUGGUGUCCCCUCUCCGACCGAGGUGGAGGCUAAUCGACGUAAAUGGGACCUGGAGAGAAGGCUGUAUGAUGAGUCAGUGAAUUCACCGCAGAAACGUGGUCUAAGACGGAAGCUAGAGAGCUUGAACCCUUUUGUAAUUAAUCCCGUCAUCCCCUCUGCAGAUGAAGUGGAAGCGAAUCGACGGAAAUGGGAUCUCGAGAGGCAAUUACAAGAUGGAAAUCACGUGGAUGUGAGUGGACUUGAGCGACAAGGUAACUCGACACAUAAACUGCAGCCUUUAAAACUCGUUGCUUCCUUUGUACCUGGCACGGCGUCAAGCAGGUCAAAGCGAAAUAUUGAGAGCAAGGUGAGCAGCUCGGAAACUCAACUCGAGUUGAAAGUGCAAAUGGUAGGUAGCGAAGGAUCAGGGCACAAAUUUGAACUCGAAGUAUUAUCCAGUCCUCUCGUUGCUAGACGUGGAGAACAACUUGGUUUCGAGAUAAGCGAGUCGUUGACCUAUUUGAUCCUAUUUUCCAGUACUGCUGUACUGCACUGCACGAUAUUUAACUUCAGUUUGGAGCUACGGCAAUUUUUACGAAUCGACAUGUACCCGUUCGGCAUACUAAUGUUGCUAAGCUGGACGUUUGUGGGUUUAGUUCAGUUCGUCGGAGGGCUGGCUGGUGAUAUUGUACGCGAUCGAGUGCUACUUCUGCGACGGACUGCUGUGUUGUGGGGCGUCGCUGUUGUGGCAUUUCAUGUAGCAGCCUUCCAAAUGUCGUCUCUGAUAUCUUCAAUGAGCUUGGUGUCAGGAUUAUUGUGUGCUGGUGUAGCAUACGGUAUCACGUGCCCGAAUGUGAUUGCUCUGGGUGUGGAAUCGAAGCUGUGCAACUGCGAAACAUUGUCCACCCCGUUAUCGCCGGAGGAUGAUGAAGACAGCAGCAGCGAAGAAGAAGAUAGUUCAGCAGAAAGUGAAGCAUCAUAUCUAUCAGAUGUCUCAAGUACAAUGUCUGAGCAGCAGCAUUACUGCGAUUUUGGAAGCCACAACUUCUUCAGUGGUUGCUUUGCUGCGAGGUUAGCUGGUUCUGUACUUGUGCAAGGGUAUUAUUUUUUGUUGGUGGAUGUGGAAACGUUUUCAGUCGAGAACGUACAGACGACUGUGGAAGCGCGUGGAUUUCACUGUAUGCUUCUAAUGAGCUUCGGCCUGAUGGCAUCUCUGAUCUACUUUUGCUUUCAAUCGUGGAACUACUGCCAUUAUGGUGAAUCUCGUACGCUGUGGGAAAGCACUGAUGAAGAGAAGCUCGAGCGUAAACUUGCUACUCUGGAGCAGAGUUUUAAUUCUUCAAUUGAAUAUGUUUGGACGUGGAGCUGGACGAACCUGGUUCAUCUAUGCAACCGCGUGCUGGUGGGCUAUGCGCUGCUAGCCUUUGUGCUAAUGACAUUAAUCGGCUGCGGUUUUUCUUUGGUCGUGGUGCUGCUAGCCUCCCAAACUUCACUUUCUGUUCGUUUGGUGGCAUUUUUGCUUACCGUGAUGGGUUGGCUACUUACCAUGGUGGCGAGCUCACGGCAACUAAAUCCAACGAAGAAACAGCUUGUUCGUGUGUGCCGUCGACUGGGUUUGCGCUCACGUCAGCUGUAUUUGGCCAUUUUCGCGGUCGCCUUCAUCUGUGUUUCGGGUUGUGUUGCAUUCCUACGUGCGCAACUGUAUUCGUCCAUGCUAGUUCAAGUAUGCCAAACUCGGCUGUUGAUCCCUGGCACAACAAAUACGCUUUUCAACCCGGAGUUGCUGGGCACUGCGGUUGGAACGUCGUCUCUGCUGUUUAUUGGUCUCUCUCGAGUGCUGAACAAGACUUCAUCAGCUUCUGAGUCUGUCGCUUCCGAGCUCGCGUCGACAAAAGCCAAUAUAUUCGCACCAUCGACGUUUAUGAUGCCUGUCCAGAAGUCAUGGAAGCAAUCGCUCUACGUGCAGUUGCCAUCAAUGGCGUCUUGCCCACCAGUAACGAGAAUGUGCUUCGCGAUGCUGCUCUACCUUGUCAGCGUGUUUCUAUCAAGUGUGGUGGAACUCUAUCGUCGUCAAGCAGGGGUGAGCCCUUCCAUACUACCACGAAGUUGUGGAGCUGUGUACUCGGAAUUUACAUUCAUCUGGACAUCGCCGUAUAUGAUGCUGCUGGGUGCGUCCGAUGCGCUCUUCCGUGUGAGCCUACAGGAAGCCUGCAAUGAUCUAGUACGAGGUUCCUUCAGUUCCUCAAAGUCUCGGCGUUGGGCUGGAACAGUGCAAGGUGCAAUCUCGUUGGCCGAGGCGCUGGGCUACACAACAGCUCUUUCACUUAUUGCAGUGCUUUCGCGGUGGCUUUUCCAGCCUGAGCCUUCAGAUAUGGCUCUCUUCUUCUUACUACUCACGACGGUGGUCGCUCUGACACAUGCAAUGCUCAACCGGAUCGCAGCCCGAGCACAGACUUACCAACGUUUAUAUUUCUCAAUACGUCGCAACUCAACGAGGUAG